AUGAAAAUUUUCUUAAGUUUUUCUUUCUUUUUUGUUUUGUUUGUUACUUCUGUAUCCGCUUACACAUUUUCAGAUCAUAUUUCGACGAAUUUUACUGCUUCGUAUCUUCAAUUUAUCAGUAACACCGGCUCAUUUUUGUCAUCUAGAAACAAAACAUUCAAGGCUGCUAUAUUCAAUCCUGGUAAUCAACAGACAAGUUUCUAUCUAUGCAUCAUUCAUUCUGCGUCGAACACGAUCAUUUGGUCUGCUAACCGCGACGCGCCCAUAUCAGAUUCUGAUAAAAUGAGGCUAACUGUCAAAGGGAUAACAAUUUAUGGCGAAAACGGAAAGUCCAAAUGGUCGACGCCAUCGCUUAAAUCACAAGUAGAUAAGCUUCAACUCACUGAGAUGGGAAACCUUGUGUUACUUGAUCAAUCCAAUGAGUCUCUUUGGGAGAGUUUCGACCAUCCAACUGAUACUAUCGUUAUCGGACAACGUUUAUCGGCCGGAUCAUCGUUGUCAAGUGCUUCUUCCAGUUCAAAUUUGUCAACAGGAAAUUAUGUCUUGACAGUAACUUCUUCUGAUGCGAUUCUUCGAUGGUAUGGACAAACAUAUUGGAAACUUUCACGGGAUUCAAAGGCUUACAAGAGUUCAAAUGAUGAUGUUGAAUACAUGGCAGUAAGCACAACAGGUUUUUAUCUCUUUGGACAUAAUGAAACAGUUCAUGUCUAUGAAGUUGGUUUAUCAGUAACUAAUAUCCGUUUCGCGAAAUUGGCUUUCAAUGGCCAGUUUACAGUUAGUAGCUUCUCAGGAACAAAUUUGAAGCAGGAGUUUGUUGGACCAGAUGAUGGUUGUCAAAUUCCAUUAGCUUGUGGAAGAAUAGGUUUAUGUAAUGAUAACACUUUAUCAUCGUCGUCGUCGUCAUCUUCAUCUUCACCUGUUUGUUCUUGUCCUUCAAAUUUCCAUGGUGUCUCAGGUAAUCUCGGCGGUUGUGUUCCGAACGAUAGAUCGCGUUCUUUGCCAUUAGCUUGUAGUAAUUCUUCUACCAAUAAUCAUAGUCAAUCAAAUUCUUCAUUUUUGAGCAUAGGGUAUGGUGUGAGGUACUUUGCAAAUCUUUAUUCUGAUCCGUUUAUGUAUGGAGUGAAUUUAUCUGUUUGUGAAGCUUUUUGUUCAAGUAACUGUUCUUGCUUGGGAAUUUUGUAUAGAAAUUCAUCUGGUUCUUGUUACAUGAUUGAAAAUGAAUUGGGAUCAAUUAGUAAUGGAGGUGAAAGAGACAUGUUAGGCUUGAUUAAAUCUAAUAAAGUUUGGGUUGAUAUUGAUGAUGAUGAUGAUGAUGAACAAAACUCUCGAAAAGAUGGAUUUCCGGUUAUUGCUGCAGUGCUAUUACCAUGUGGUGGAAUGAUUCUUUUUCUGGUUUUUGGUUUUUUUCUGCUAUGGAGAAAAUUCAUAAAAUCAAAGAAACAAGAGGUGAUAUUAGGGAAACAAAUGUCGAUCUCGCAUUCUUCAGGGGACUUGGAUUCGGAUCCCUUCUGCAUUCCUGGUUUACCGACGAGGUUUGAUUACGAAGAGCUUGAGGUUGCUACGGAUAAUUUCAAGACUCUGAUAGGAUCUGGUGCAUUCGGCGUAGUGUACAAAGGUGUGCUACCUGAUAAGACUAUUGUAGCAGUGAAGAAAAUAAUCAACAUUGGAAUUCAAGGGAAGAAAGAUUUCUUCGCUGAGAUUGCUGUUAUUGGAAACAUUCAUCAUGUUAACUUAGUUAGACUCAAAGGCUUUUGUGCUCAACGAGGACACCGAAUGUUGGUCUACGAGUUCAUGAAUCGCGGUUCACUCGACCGGAACCUCUUCGGAAGUGCUGGACAGCCGGUUUUGGAAUGGCAAGAGAGAUUAGACGUUGCACUUGGAACAGCACGCGGACUGGCUUAUCUUCAUAGCGGAUGUGAGAAAAAGAUAAUUCACUGUGAUAUCAAACCAGAGAAUAUUCUUCUGCAUGAUCAAUUUCAAGCUAAGAUAUCUGAUUUCGGACUUUCGAAGCUUCUUAGUCCUGAACAAUCUGGUUUAUUCACAACAAUGCGAGGAACUCGCGGUUAUCUUGCUCCGGAAUGGCUAACAAACUCUGCAAUAUCUGAAAAAACUGAUGUAUACAGUUACGGAAUGGUGCUUCUUGAACUGAUCAGUGGUAGAAAAAACUGUUCAUUCAGAUCCAGAACUCACAGCAUGGAUGAUGAACACAACAACAGCAGUGGAAACAACGGAAAUUCAUCGAACUCGUCAACGACGGAACUUGUUUAUUUUCCACUAUUUGCACUAGAGAUGCACGAACAAAAGAGUUACAUGGAUUUAGCCGAUCCAAGACUAGAAGGACGUGUUACAUUUGAUGAAGUUGAGAAACUUGUUCGUAUUGCAUUGUGUUGUGUUCAUGAAGAUCCGGCACUUAGACCAAACAUGGUUACUGUUGUUGGAAUGCUGGAAGGUGGGACACCGUUGCCACAACCUAGGAUGGAGUGUUUGAAUUUCUUGAGAUUCUAUGGUCGGAGGUUUUCUGAGGCUUCUGUUGUAGCUGAAGAAAAUGAACAUGGUUCUGUGAGGGUUCAACAGCCGCGUGACUCAACAGGGUUGGUUAGUGGGUUUUCUUACAUAUCUUCACAACAAAUAUCAGGGCCAAGAUAG